UCCAGGCGCUGCCCGCAGCGCCCGAGCCCGGCGGGGCGGGCGUGCGCCCUCACUCGCUCCGGUCCACCCGUGUUCCACCUCGUGCCCAUCCCCGCAGCUCCCGGCCCGGUUGCCCCAGAGACCGCGACGCCGCGGCGCGGAGGGACCAAUGGGAGCCCCGCUGCUGCUGCGGACGGCGCCGGUCGUGCUGUCGCUGCUGAUCCUCAGCUCAGUUCGUCAUGUUGCUGGAUCAGAGGGUAAUGACCCCUACUCUGGGAAAGGGGAACCGUUUUCUGGGGACCACAGUGCUGAUGGAUUUGAGGUGACCUCAAGAAGUGAGAUGUCCUCGGGAAGUGAGGUAUCUCCUGUGAGUGAGAUGCCUUCGGAUAGCGAACUGUCUUCGGGGAUCAACUAUGACUAUGCAGAAGAGUAUGAUUUUGAGUCACAAAUAUCUGGCUAUAUCAUAGAUGAUUUAGUCAGAGUUGAACAGGUGAUUAAGCCCAAGGAAAACAAAACAGAAGGUGAAACCACUACAGAUAAACCCAAAAGAAAGAAAAAAGGAGGAAGAAAAAGAAACAGACAGAAAAAUCCAUGUCGUUCACAAUUUAAAAAUUUCUGCAUUCAUGGAGACUGUGUAUAUAGAGAGGACAUGAAAACAGUAAUGUGCAAAUGUCAUCCAUAUUACUUUGGUGAACGGUGUGGGGAAAAGUUCAUGAAGACGCACAGCUUGGUUGACGGUGAUUUAUCAAAAAUUACAUUGGUGGCCAUAGCUAUCUUUGUCUCAGUCGUGUGCUUCACAGUCAUUGCUGUUGCUGUUACAAUCCACCUUCGAAAACGAAACUUCAGGAAAUAUGAAGGAGAAGCUGAAGAACAGAAGCAACUUCGACAGGAAAAUGGAAAUGCACAUGCCAUAGCAUAAAUGAAGAUAAUAUUACAGGAAUCAGAUCAACGUCAUUCUCAAGUCCCAACCACGAGUGAUGAGCUGGCUCUGCCUUUCAGUGGGUCGGAAGGAAACAGAACUUUCUUGUGCUGAUGGUUUUAAACUUUCAAUUGUCAGUUUUUAUGCUAAGUCUUAUUUCUGUACA